AUGUUCCUCCACCACACGGCGGGGGCGCGGGCGGCUGGGGCGCAGGACACGGGCUUGGGGCUCUUCGACGCCUUCUUCGCCAGCCUGUCCAUGAUCGUCGUUAGCGAGAUUGGCGAUGAGACGUUUAUCAUCGCGGCGCUGAUGGCGAUGCGGCACCCCAAGUCGACGGUGCUCUCGGGCGCACUGUCUGCACUUGUCGUUAUGACGGUGCUGUCUACUGGACUAGGCAGAAUCGUUCCGAAUUUGAUAUCGAGGAAGCACACUAACAGCGCGGCGACAGUCCUCUAUGCAUUUUUUGGGCUACGGCUCCUGUACAUUGCUUGGAGGUCAGAUUCCAAGGCAUCACAGAAGAAGGAAAUAGAAGAAGUAGAGGAAAAGCUGGAAGCAGGCCAAGGGAAGUCAACAUUUAGACGUGUUUUCUCGAGAUUCUGCACUCCUAUUUUCCUGGAGUCAUUUGUGUUGACCUUCUUGGCGGAGUGGGGUGACCGAAGUCAGAUAGCUACAAUAGCGCUGGCGACCCACAAAAAUGCUGUCGGAGUUGCUACAGGAGCAACCUUGGGGCACACCAUCUGCACGUCGAUCGUGGUGGUGGGCGGCAGCAUGCUGGCCUCCAAGAUAUCUCAGGGCACGGUCGCAACCAUCGGAGGCCUCCUCUUCCUUGGGUUCUCUCUUUCGUCAUAUUUCUACCCACCAUUGUAG